CGCCCCGCCACCCUCGCAAUAAGGCCGGGGGAGGAGCGCGCCGUGGGGAGCGCGGCAGGUCGGCCCGCGGGAGCCGUCGGGCGCGGGGCGGCCAUGGAGCUGUGGCCGUGCGUGGCCGCGGCGCUACUGGGGCUGCUGCUGCUGGUGCAGCUGAGCCGCGCGGCCGAGUUCUACGCCAAGGUCGCCCUGUACUGCGCGCUGUGCUUCGCGGUGUCCGCCGUGGCCUCGCUCGUCUGCCUGCUGCGCCACGGCGGCCGGACGGUGGAGAACAUGAGCAUCAUCAGCUGGUUCGUGCGAAGCUUCAAGUACGUGUACGGCCUCCGCUUCGAGGUGCGGGAGCAGCACAGGCUGCGGGGGGCCCGGCCCUGCGUCAUCGUCUCCAACCACCAGAGCAUCCUGGACAUGAUGGGCCUCAUGGAGGUCCUUCCUGAGCGCUGCGUGCAGAUCGCCAAGCGGGAGCUGCUCUUUCUGGGGCCCGUGGGCCUCAUCAUGUACCUUGGGGGCGUCUUCUUCAUCAACCGCCAGCGCUCCAGCACCGCCAUGACCGUGAUGGCCGACCUCGGGGAGCGCAUGGUCCGGGAGAACCUCAAAGUGUGGAUCUACCCCGAGGGCACGCGCAAUGACAACGGGGACCUGCUGCCUUUUAAGAAGGGCGCUUUCUACUUGGCAGUCCAGGCGCAGGUUCCCAUCGUCCCUGUGGUAUACUCCUCCUUCUCCUCCUUCUACAACACCAAGAAGAAGCUCUUCACCUCAGGAACAGUCACGGUGCAGGUGCUAGAAGCCAUCCCCACCCUUGGCCUCACCGAGGAGGACGUCCCUGCGCUCGUGGAUACCUGCCACCAGGCCAUGAGGACCACCUUCCUCCACAUCUCCAAGAACCCCCAGGAGAACGGGGCCAGCGAGGGGCCUGGUGUGCAGCCGGCCCAGUAGCCCAGACCACGGCAGGGCAGGACAGAAGCCGGUGGCUGGAGGAUGGGCCGAGGGGACCCCCCCACCCAGGCUUCCAAACAUCACCGUGGCUGCCUCCCCGGCUCUCAUUUGGGCCCUGGAAGCUGGAAGCCCCUUUUGCCACUGGCCUCAGACAUGGGCCCCUGGCGUCCCCUGAGAGGGGUCAGCUAGACCGCCCCCAAGCUCAGAGGGCAGGGACUUGUCUCCUGGUGCCUCUGGAAUGAUGAGGCUGUGGGCUGAGCCGUAGGCCCCAGGAUGGCCCAGGAGCAGAGGGGCAGACCCCGAGGUGAAACACCCACUGCCAGGCCCUCUGCUCUGGCGCCUGGGACCCACCAGGAUAUGGUCAGGCUCUGGGGUUCCGUCCACAGCCUGCAUCAGGCUCUCAGGGAGAGGAGGGGGCCAGGAGGUUGGGGAGUCUCAGACUCAGACACCCAGGAUCACAGGGAAGCAGGGCCUGCCCUCCUGCCGGCCUGGGGGACUCCGUGGGGCCAGCAUUGUACUCCGUGGCUGUUUUUUUAUAAACAAACUCUUGGAAGUG